GAAAGUAGCGGGGAGGGAUUCCUACUACUGGCUACAAUAUAUGACCCGCCCCCGGCUGAGUUUGUGCUCGACUUUGAGUGCCAGCCUGGGAAGCGAAGAGGUGAAGGGGAAAGAGAAGGGAGAAGAAGAGAAGAGAAGGAAAGGGGAAGGGAAAAGUAAAGAAAGAAGAAGUGAAAAGAAGAGAAAAAAGAGAAGAAGGGGAAGGCAAAGGAGGGAAGGGCAGGAGGGAGCCCUGGGCAGGCGCUGCUGCUGUGCGUAAAGAGGGUCCCUCUCGAUCCCAGCCCCGAUGGAGCCGGAGGAGGGCGGCCCUUGUGCUCCUUCUCAGGAGGAGGCCCUCCUCUACCUGCUCUCCUGCUUCAGGGCCAGGAUCAAGCGGGAGAUGCAGGUGCUGCGGGUGCUGGACUGGAUGCCCUCGCUGCCUCCGGAGCCCCGGGAGCGCAUCCGCGCCGUGGCCCAGCGGGCGGGCAACCUGGCGGCGGCCGAGCUGCUGCUGCGGGAGCUGGAGAAGGAGCGGGGCCGCCGGGGCCUGUGCCAGGAGUUCUACCAGGCGCUGGUGGAGGGGGGCUUCGGGGCGGCCAGCUACCUGGACCCCAGCCUGCGCGCCCUGCCCUCGCCCUCCCUGGAGGCGGCCAGCGACGGGGGCGCCUUCCUGCUGGCCCUCCUGCAGGGCUCCCUGGUGGAGCAGCUCCGAGCCACCCAGGUGGCCCACCAGUGCCUCCAGAAGGGCCUCUUCGACGGGGAGGACCUGGAGAGGAUUGAAGCUGAAAAUGCUGGAGGGAAUAAACAAGCAGUGAGGGAAUUGCUGUGCAGGGUAGUGCAGAAGAGGCAAUGGUUCUCACCAUUUCUGGAAGCCUUGCGCGAUGCUGGGCAUGGAAAUGUUGCAGAUGCCCUAUGCGGACAGAAAAAUGAAUCCAGCAUAAAUGGAAUGCCUGCACCUGUAGAUGAGAGAACAGCAACUGACAGGCCUCUUGCUUCUGACUCUGUGAGGAAUGUGAUGCAGAGUGCAGUAUUUGAGCCCAGUGUGGCUGGUGGAGAGAAUGCCUUAGAAGAAUCAUUUGGAGAGGCCUCAGCAAUGUCAGAAUCUGAAGUCAGCUUGCUGGAUGAAAAUGUCAAUAAUACAAGCGAAAGCUUCACAGUCUGUGGUGAUUCAGAUGAUUCUGAGGAUAGAAAGAGGACAGAUUCACCUGAACCAGACCUGACUCUCCGAGACUACCAAAUGGAGGUAGCUAAACCAGCCCUGGAAGGGAAGAAUAUUCUCUUGUGCCUCCCUACAGGCAGUGGCAAGACUCGAGUGGCUGUUUACAUUGCCAAAGACCAUCUGGAUAAGAAGAAAGAAGCUGGAGAAGCUGGAAAGGUUAUAGUCCUUGUCAACAAGGUGCCCUUGGUGGAGCAGCAUUACUGGAAAGAAUUUUACCCUUACUUGAAACACUCUUACAGUGUGGUCAGGCUGAGUGGCGCAACUCAGUUGAAAAUCUCAUUCCCACAAGUUGCCAAAAAGAAUGAUGUCAUCAUCUGUACUGCUCAGAUUCUUGAGAAUGCAUUGCAAAAUGCAGAGAAAGGUGAAAAAGAAGAAGGAGUCCAGUUAUCAGUGUUCUCCUUGAUCAUUAUUGAUGAAUGUCAUCAUACCCAGAAGGAAGCUGUCUACAACAACAUCAUGCGGCGAUAUUUAAAACAAAAGAGGGGAAAUGAGAAGCUGAGGAAAUUGGGAAAACCAACAAUCCCUCAGCCUCAGAUUUUAGGCCUGACAGCUUCACCCGGUGUAGGAGGUGCAAGAAACCAUUCAAAGGCUGAGGAACAUAUUCUGAAAAUAUGUGCCAAUCUUGAUGCAUAUGGGAUUACAACAGUCAAGGAAUAUGACACACAACUGAACAAUCAAGUGAAGGAGCCACGGAAGAAGUUUGAGAUUGCGGAUGACAAAAAAAAGGAUCCUUUUAGAGAGGAACUCGUAAACAUAAUGACAAAGAUCCAGGACUAUUGCCAGUUCAACCCCAAUGCUGAGUUUGGAUCCCAGACCUAUGAACAGUGGGUAGUUCAAGAGGAGAAAAAAGCUGCCAAAGAAGAAAAUCGCAAACACCGUGUCUGUGCAGAACACUUGAAGAAAUACAAUGAUGCCUUGCUAAUUAAUGACACCAUGCGGAUGAUAGAUGCAUAUAACCACCUCAAAAACUUUUAUAAGGAGGAGCAAAGUAAGAGGAUGGCAGUGAGUGAGAAUAGCGAUGAAGAUGAUAUGGCAAUAGCACUAAAACCUGAUGAAACAGAUACAUUUCUUAUGGAUUUGUUUUAUGGCAAAGAGAGUGUGCUACAAAGGUUAGCAAGAACAGUUGAAUAUGAAAAUGAAAAACUGAAAUGUUUGCGUGCGACUUUAAUGCAAGAGUUCACAAAGAAGCCUGAAGCAAGGGGAAUCAUUUUUACAAAGACACGGCAAAGUGCAUUUGCCCUUUAUCAGUGGAUUAAAGAGAAUCCCAAAUUUGAAGAAGCUGGAGUGAAGACUCACUACCUUAUUGGUGCUGGGCACAAUAGUGAAUUUAAGCCCAUGACUCAGAAUGAACAAAAGGAAGUAAUUGACAAGUUCCGUACUGGAAAAAUCAACCUGCUGAUUGCUACUACUGUGGCAGAAGAAGGUCUGGAUAUUCCGGAGUGUAACAUCGUUAUACGCUAUGGUCUUGUUACCAAUGAAAUAGCCAUGAUGCAGGCUCGUGGACGAGCUCGAGCUGAUGAAAGUACCUAUGUGCUUGUGGCAUCAGGUGGAUCAGGUGCUGCUGAGCGUGAAGAUGUCAAUGUUUUCAGAGAGAAAAUGAUGCAUAGAGCCAUUAAGUGUGUCCAAGAGAUGCCCCGAGAAGAGUACGAAAAUAAGAUUCGGGGCUUCCAACUGCAAAGUAUAAUGGAGGUAAAAAUGAAAGCUAAGAAAGAACAGACUAAAGCAUACAAGGAAAAUCCAUCCUUGAUCAAGUUCCUCUGCAAAAACUGCACUAAGCUGAUAUGUUCUGGAGAAGACAUACAGGUUAUUGAGAAAAUGCAUCAUGUCAAUGUCAGAAAAGAAUUUGAGGAUCUUUAUAUUAAAAGAGAGAACAGGACAUUGCAAGCAAAAGCAGCAGACUAUCAAACAAAUGGAGAAGUUAUCUGCAAAGAUUGUGGACAAAGUCCAUCGAAUGAGAAAUGUUUUGGCAAUAAAUUUGCUGACCAACAGCAACUUGCCCACUGUUGGUUUUUCAGAACCCUAAUUCCUCAUCUAAUAAAGAAGAUCAAGAAAAAGAAAGCCAAGGUAGUAGAGAUUCAGAUGAAGAUCCUAGUUGGAGUGAUUUCUUGCCUCUUGCUUUCUUUGAUAGUUAUGUGCAUUGUAUUCAUUCCUUCACAAGUUCAGCAUAAAGAAAAUAAUCCUAGGCCUCUAACAUUAGAAGAAUAUCUAGAUGGAGAUUUUAACUACAAAACAUAUUUUCCCUACUGGGUAUCAGACAAUGAAUAUCUUCACCAGUCUGCAGAAGAUGAUGUAAUUCUUUACAAUGUUGAAUAUGGCAAGUCAGACAUCUUCUUGACCAACAGUAUUCUUAAAAAAGUGAAUGCCACAAACUAUAUCCUGUCAGGAGACCAGAAUUUUAUACUGUUAGAAAGCAAUUACUCUAAGCUUUGGAGGUACUCUUAUACAGCAUCUUAUCACAUAUAUGAUCUCAUAAAUGGAGUUUUUGCCACCGAAUCUCAGCUUCCACAUAACAUUCAGUAUAUAUCCUGGUCACCCGUUGGACACAAAUUGGCUUAUGUCUAUGAGAAUAAUAUCUAUUUAAAACAAGAUCCCAGAGAACCUGCUAUUCAAAUAACCAAAAACGGUUAUUGGAAUGAAAUAUUUAAUGGAAUUCCAGACUGGGUUUAUGAAGAGGAAAUGCUGGCUGUAAAAUAUGCACUAUGGUGGUCUCCAAAUGCAAAAAAUGUGGCAUAUUUACAAUUCAAUGAUACUGAAAUACCACUGAUUGAAUAUUCCUAUUAUGGUGACACUCAAUAUCCUAGAAAAAUAACUAUUCCAUAUCCAAAGGCUGGGGCGAAAAAUCCUACAGUUAGAGUGUUUGUUGUAGAUACGACUACUGCUGAACAUUUUGGUCCUAAGGAGAUACUUGCUCCUGCAACAAUAGCAUCAGGUGACCACUAUGUCACUUGGAUUACAUGGGUAACAGAUAACCGAAUCUGUGUGCAGUGGCUGAAAAGAGUUCAGAACUUCUCUGUCUCAGCCAUCUGUGACUACAGUGAUCACUCAAGAUCCUGGACCUGCCCAAAGAAUCAGCAGCAUGUAGAGGAGAGCCACACAGGAUGGGCUGGUGGAUUCUUUGUUUCAGCACCUUAUUUCACUUCGGACACUAUUUCAUACUACAAAAUUUUUAGUGACAAGAAUGGAUACAAGCAUAUUCAUUAUGUCAAAGACUCAGUGGAAAAAGCAACCCAAAUCACAAGUGGAAACUGGGAGGCCAUAUACAUUUACAAAGUAACGGACGAUGCAAUAUUCUAUUCAAGCAAUGAAUUUGAAAGCUAUCCAGGAAGAAGAAAUAUUUACAGAAUUGAACUUAGAAGAAAUCCUGUAACAAAGCAAUGCAUCACUUGCCAUUUAAGAAAAGAAAGAUGCCAGUACUAUGCAGCAAGAUUUAGUUACAAUGCCAACUAUUAUGCCUUAAUCUGUUAUGGUCCAGGGAUCCCCAUUUCUACUAUUUAUGAAAACAGAUAUGACAGAGAAAUCAAAGUUUUGGAAGACAACAGGGAUCUGGAAGCUGCGUUGCAAAAAAUCCGAAUGCCUACAGUGGAAAUUAACAAGUUUGAAGUGGAUGAUAUUACUUUAUGGUACAAGAUGUAUUUACCUCCAAAAUUUGAUAAAUCCAAGAAGUAUCCUCUCCUCAUACAGGUGUAUGCAGGACCUUGCAGUCAAAACGUGAAACCCACUUUUGGUGUAACCUGGAUAACCUAUCUUGCAAGCAAAGAGGAAAUUGUGGUAGCCCUUGUGGAUGGUAGGGGAACAGCUUUCCAAGGAGAUAAAAUGAUGUAUGCAGUCUAUCGGAAACUUGGGAUUUAUGAAGUUGAUGAUCAGAUCUCAGCUGUAAGAAAGUUUAUAGACAUGGGAUUCAUUGAUGAAAAAAGAAUAGCCAUAUGGGGAUGGUCCUAUGGUGGCUAUGUAGCUUCGCUAGCACUUGGAUCUGGCACAGGAGUGUUUCAGUGUGGAAUAGCUGUUGCUCCUGUCUCCAGCUGGGAGUAUUAUGCAUCCAUCUACACAGAAAGAUUUAUGGGUCUUCCAACGGAAUCAGACAAUCUUGACCACUACAAAAAUUCAACAGUGAUGGCAAGGGCUGAGAACUUCCAUAAUGUGGAUUACCUUCUCAUCCAUGGAACAGCAGAUGAUAAUGUGCAUUUUCAGAACUCAGCACAGAUCUCCAAAGCCUUAGUCAAUGCACAAGUGGAUUUCCAGGCCAUGUGGUAUGCUGACCAGAACCAUGCGAUUCCAGGCCUUUCACUUAAGCACCUCUACAUUCAUAUGACUCAUUUCCUCAAGCAAUGUUUUUCUCUGCCUUAAGAAGAUAUUUUCUCCCUCCUCUGUCUGUCUGCAUAAAGAGAAGGAUGCUGUUCUUUGCUAUGAAAGCCACAUUAACUGCACAGAUUAAGCAUAUUUUGAAGGUAGAAUAAGGAAGUAAAAAUUAGGGACAGCUUAGUGUUUAUAGUUUAUUAUUGACACUUGUGCAUCAGUGGAUCAUAUGACAUUUUGUUGAGGAACAUUUAUUUGUUAGAAAACAAAGGAACAAUAAAAUAACAUGAAUAUUUUAAAUA